AUGAAGGUUAUUCUCACUUAUUUUGUAUAUAUUCAUAUAUUCAAUAUAGUUUGUUAUUCACGUUAUAUAGAAGAUGAUGGAACUAUUCUGUUGCCUGUUCAACAUGUUAAACAGGAAAAUGGAAUAUACGUAACAUAUAAGGAUGUGCAAGUUGGUGAUCCAGACUAUCCCGAAGUGUCAGUAGAAGAAGAAGCUAAGAAAGUUCCAUGCAUACCACGAGAUCAAGCGAACAAAUUCAAAGAAUCUUCUGAAAGUCAUGAAACACAAGAAAACAUGUUCGUCUUCAAUGAUACAACACCAUAUAAUGGUACGGAUGUUAAUGAAGUAAUGGAAGUGCGCAUUUUCCGACCGCUCUGUGAUGAUUAA